CAUUCAUCUGUGUGAACUGUCAGGAUGCCUGAUCCCGCCAAGACCGCGCCCAAGAAGGGCUCCAAGAAAGCCGUGACUAAGACCGCCGGCAAAGGAGGCAAGAAGAGGAGAAAGAGCAGGAAGGAGAGCUACGCCAUCUACGUGUACAAGGUGCUCAAGCAGGUCCACCCCGACACUGGCAUCUCGUCCAAGGCCAUGGGCAUCAUGAACUCGUUCGUCAACGACAUCUUCGAGCGCAUCGCCGGUGAGGCGUCUCGCCUGGCUCACUACAACAAGCGCUCCACCAUCACCUCCAGGGAGAUUCAGACCGCCGUGCGUCUCCUGCUGCCCGGUGAGCUGGCCAAGCACGCCGUGUCCGAGGGAACCAAGGCCGUCACCAAGUACACCAGCUCCAAGUAAACACACUGCUCGGACUGCAACAACCUCAUCAACCCAACGGCUCUUUUAAGAGCCACACA